AUGGAGCGCGACGGCAGCGCGGGCGGCGGGAGCUGGGGUGGCAGCGACGGGGGCGGCGAGGGCGCGCGCGGCUCCCGGGAGGACCCGGCGGGGGACGCGCGCAACCCGAGCCGCGGCCGUGCGGCCCAGGCGCCCGGGGACCCGCAGGCGGCCGCGUCCCUGCUGGCCCCCAUGGACCUGGGGGAGGAGCCGCCGGAGAAGGCGGCGCGCGCCCCCGUGACCAAGGACCCCAACACCUACAAGGUGCUCUCGCUGGUAUUGUCAGUCUGUGUGUUAACAACAAUCCUUGGUUGUAUAUUUGGGUUGAAACCAAGCUGUGCCAAAGAAGUUAAAAGUUGCAAAGGUCGCUGUUUUGAGAGAACAUUUGGGAACUGUCGCUGUGAUGCUGCUUGCGUUGACCUUGGAAACUGUUGUUUAGAUUACCAGGAGACAUGUAUAGAACCAGAACGUAUAUGGACUUGCAGCAAAUUCAGGUGUGGUGAGAAGAGGUUGUCCAAAAGCCUUUGCUCCUGUUCGGAUGACUGCAGGGACAAGGACGACUGUUGCAUCAACUACAGCUCUGUGUGUCAAGGUGAGAAAAGUUGGGUAGAAGAAAAGUGUGAGAACAUUAAUGAGCCACAGUGUCCAGCAGGGUUUGAAACUCCUCCUACCCUCCUGUUUUCUUUGGAUGGUUUCAGGGCAGAAUAUUUACACACCUGGGGUGGACUUCUUCCUGUUAUUAACAAACUGAAAACCUGUGGAACGUAUACUAAAAACAUGAGACCAGUAUAUCCAACAAAAACUUUCCCCAAUCACUACAGCAUUGUUACAGGACUUUAUCCAGAAUCCCAUGGCAUAAUUGACAAUAAAAUGUACGAUCCCAAAAUGAACGCUUUCUUUGCACUUUAUAGUAAAGAAAAAUUUAAUCCUGAGUGGUACAAAGGAGAACCAAUUUGGCUCACAGCUAACUAUCAAGGCCUGAAGACUGGCACAUUUUUUUGGCCAGGAUCAGAUGUGAAAAUUAAUGGAAUUUUCCCAGACAUCUAUAAAAAAUAUAAUAGUACAGUACCAUAUGAAGAAAGAAUUUUAGCUGUUCUUAAGUGGCUGCAGCUUCCUAAAGAUGAAAGACCACACUUUUACACUCUGUAUUUAGAAGAACCAGAUUCUUCAGGUCAUUCAUACGGACCAGUCAGCAGUGAAGUCAUCAGAGCUUUGCAGAGAGUUGACAACGUGGUCGGCAUGCUGAUGGAUGGUCUAAAAGAGCUGAAGUUGCAUCGAUGCCUGAACCUAAUCCUUGUUUCAGAUCAUGGCAUGGAACAAGACAAUUGUAAGAAAUAUGUAUACCUAAAUAAAUAUUUGGGAGAUGUUAAAGAUAUUAAAGUUAUAUAUGGACCUGCAGCUCGACUCAGACCCUCUGAUGUUCCAAAUAAAUACUAUUCAUUUGAUUAUGAAGGCGUUGCCAGAAAUCUCUCUUGCCGGGAACCAAACCAGCACUUCAAACCUUACCUGAAACAUUUCUUACCCAAGCGUUUGCACUUUGCCAAAAAUGACAGGAUUGAGCCCUUGGCUUUCUAUUUGGACCCUCAGUGGCAGCUUGCAUUGAAUCCUUCAGGAAAGAAACCUUGUGGAGGUGGAUUUCAUGGCUCUGACAACUUAGUUUCAAAUAUGCAAGCCCUCUUCAUUGGCUAUGGACCUGGAUUUAAGCAUGGCACUAAAGUGGACUCCUUUGAAAAUAUCGAAGUCUAUAACUUAAUGUGCGAUUUACUGAAUUUGAGACCAGCUUCCAAUAAUGGAACUCAUGGAAGUCUUAACCACCUUCUAAAGAAUCCUGUUUAUACCCCAAAGCAUCCCAAAGAAGUCGGCUCCCUGGUACAGUGCCCCUUCACAAGAACCCCCAGAGAUAACCUUGGCUGCUCGUGCGAUCCCUCGAUUUUGCCAGCUGUGGAUUUUCAGACACUGUGGAAUCUGACCAUGGCAGAAGAGGAGAUUAUUAAGCGUGGCACUCUACCCUAUGGAAGGCCCAGAGUUCUCCAGAACAGCACCAUCUGUCUUCUCUACCAGCACCAGUUUGUGAGUGGUUACAGCGAGGACAUCCUGAUGCCCCUUUGGACGUCCUAUACUGUCAACAGAAAUGACCGCUUCUCCACAGAAGACUUUUCCGACUGUCUCUAUCAGGAUCUUCGAAUUUCUCUUAGUCCUGUCCAUAAAUGUUCAUUUUAUAAAAAUAACGCUCAACUGAGCUAUGGGUUCCUCGCCCCGCCACAACUAAAUAAAGGUUCCAGUAAAAUAUAUUCUGAAGCAUUGCUUACUACUAAUAUAGUGCCAAUGUACCAGAGUUUUCAAGUUAUAUGGCGCUACUUUCAUGACACUCUACUGCCAAGGUACGCCAAAGAAAGAAGUGGCGUCAAUGUUGUCAGCGGUCCCGUGUUUGACCAUGACUACGAUGGACGUUUUGAUUCCUCGGAGACUCUGAAGCAGAACAGCAGACUCAUCCAUAAUCAAGAAGUUCUGAUUCCAACUCACUUCUUUAUUGUGCUAACAAGUUGUAACAAUCCAUCGCGGGCUCUCCCACAGUGUGAAAAUUUAGAUGCCUCAGCUUUCAUUUUGCCUCACAGGACUGAUAACAGUGAGAGCUGUGUGCACGGGAAGCAUGAAUCCUCAUGGGUUGAAGAGUUGUUGAGGUUACACAGAGCUCGGAUUACCGAUGUUGAACUCAUCACUGGACUCAGCUUCUAUCAAGAAAGAAAAGAGCCAGUUUCAGACAUUUUAAAGUUGAAAACACACUUGCCAAUUUUUAACCAAGAAGACUGAUUUUUUUAUUCCAGAAACACACCAUAAAUCUUUUCGAAAGAACCUUCUAUUUUAUACAGUCCUCUAUUCACAUUAUUGCAUUGUUUGGAAACUGUCAACCAGAGUUAGAACUGGGAAUCCUCUGUGAUACGACCAUCUCAGGGAAACUUGUGGCCUUAGCAUAGCAGUAGGGGAGUGUUCCUGUUGAGUCUCGCACAUGUUUGAAUGUGUAAGAGCUGUGUGCAUUGUUCAGGUUUGGGGAAUAAAGACAGACCAUACCAAAAACUGCUCUUCUACUUCUCUUAAGGGCAGAAGUAGCUGUGAACAUUGUCUGGACACCAGAUAAUUUGAAUCUUAUUAUCAUUAAUAAACUUUUAUGCAGCUGGCAAAUAAUAGACUAAUGAAUAGGAUUGGAAUAGUCCAUGUUACGUUAGUCUCUUCACAAGAAUUUAAAAGUGAUUCUGGACUCCUUUUAACUUGGAGUUUCAUUUCUUUUAGUUUUAAUCAAAAAAAUUAAUGGAAGCAAAAAUAUUUCUGGGGUCCUAUUUCUGUCUUUUCUGUACACCCCCUGAAAAGCCAAAAUAUGUAAUCCUGUGUUAAUUUUUUAUUGUGAUUGGGCCUUUCCAGAUUUAAUGUCUGUAACAAGUUAAACUUUGAGGGAAGAUCUGUGAAUUGAUCAUAUCUACCUGUUAUGAAAUUUCAUUCUACAUUUGUAGAAGAGAAGACAAAUAUUCCCCUCCUGCUCACUGGUAAUUAACAUAGGUUGAAAAUAGCUCUGAAAGUGGUUAUUUUAGACUGUUAAAAAUAUCUUGGUACUACUUCAGAGAACUUGUCAACAUAUGCAAGGUGGCAUUUUUCAUCAAGAUGGUGGGAAUGUUUUCCUGUGUGCACAAAAAUGACCCCAUCAGCAGCAGAGCUAUACUGUGCUGAGCUAUUCAUUUUGAAGUUUCGUAGAUUUGAAGGGAACAUGUUAUCAUCACUUAAUAUCUUCUUGGUGGGUAUGAUAAAAGAACUUGAUUUCUCCACUGUAUGGACUAUACCCUUUAGUCCCAGCCUGUGAACCUUUUAAUGCUACAGUCACUUUUAGGCUACCGGGGUCUGAUUUAGGUGUUAUUUUAGUACACCGAAGGUUUGUAUUUGUCCUUCAUAUGAUACUCAUUGCUCAACAGCCUUGGGGUCACAAAGACCUUUAGAUAAUACAAUUUGCAUCUGAAAAUUAUUUAAUAAUGUAGAAAGUUUCCUUUGUUUUUGUUUUAGUCCCACAGGUCCCUGAGGUUCUGUACCUUUUUUUUUUUCCAGUCUGUUUUCUCUGCUGUCCAGAUUGGGUAAUUUCUGUUGUUCUGUCUUCAAGUUCACUGAUUCUUUCCUUUGUCUAAUCCAUUCUGCUGUUGAGCCCAUCCAUUGAUUUUUGUGUUUCAGUUAUUGUAUUUUGGUUCUUCUUUAUAUCUUUUAUUUCUUUGCUGCGAGUUUUUCUCUCUUUGCUGAGACUUUUUGUUUUUUCAUUUGUUUCGAAUAUGUCCGUAAUUGCUCAUUGAAGCCUUUUUAUCAUGGCUGCUGUAAAAUCCUUGUCACAUAAUUCCAACAUCUGUGUCCUCUUUAUGUUGCCACCUCUUGUCUUUUUUCAUUCAAAAAGAUUUUCCUGGUCCUUGGUGUGAUGAAUGAUUUUCAGUUGAAACCUGGAUAUUUUAGGUAUUAUGUUAUGGGACUAUGGAUCUUAUUUAAGCCUUCUGUUUUAGCUAACUUUCUCUGAUGUCACCCUAGGAGGGGAAUUGGGGGCACUGCCUUAUUAUUUCCAGAUGUGCUAGUGUCCAGGUUCCCUGCUCAGCCUCCGUUGACACUGGGGGUGAGGGGGACCCUGGUUGUUACUGGGCAGGGUGGGAAUUCAGCUCCCCACUGGGCAUCUGUUGAUGCCUCCCUAGUUGGGGGAUGUGCAGGGCACCUUGUUACUGCUCCCUCAUGGUCUCCACUGAUGCUGUGGACAGGGGUGGCAGGGAAGCUUUAUUAUCACCAGGUGAGGAUGAAAUUACCAUUUCCCUCCUCAGCCUUCUCUGACAGCACCCUGGCACCACCACCAGCCUUCUCUGACACCACCACACUUGGGGCAUCUCUUCACAGCCUGGCAAAUGUGGAAGUCUAGGCUUCCCACUCAGUCUUUGCUGGCAUGGGUGGGGUCCUGGUCUUUUCUGUGGUGUGUGGCUGGAGUGGAACAGUUAUUAUUUUCUCUCUUGCUGGGCUGCUCCUCUUCUGGUCCUUUGGCUAGAGAGAGAGCAGCCCUCUCAGGGCUUCUUUCCGUCUGCGCUCGUUGACAUUUUCAGAUUACUGACUACUUCAGCUCCAGGUCUGAGAUAUAUGAGCUAAAAAGCAAACUCGGAGGAACUCGUCGCAGUGUCCCUCCUUGGGUGCCGAGGUCCCUCGCCUGUCUGCCUUUCCUCUCCACCUGUCAGAAUCUUCCUAUGUUUGUUUUAUAUGUAAUGUCUAAGCUUUUUAUCUGUAUUUAGCAGAAGGAUAUCUACUUCUUUGUUGAAGUGUCUCAUUGAUUUUUAUAUAUUCUUCAAAACGCAUGCAGACACGUGAUUGCCUCUAUAUAAAGCAUUUUAGUAGAUCUUAAUUAAGUGGAUAGAUGUCUCUCCCCUUUUCCAGACACUGGGAAUACAAAGAAAAACAAGUUAACAGUCCUUACAGUCCUGGAAAGAGAGUGGAGGCAGCAGAAGUGUAAAUGAUCCCUAAAGGGUGGUAAAUGUUACAAUGGAGCCAUGGGCAGGGUGCAAGGGGUACAAAGGAGGCCUUGGGUGCUGCUUGGCAGUGUCACCACUGGCUUCCUGGAGGUGAUGACAUUUGGGCUGGGACUUGAAGGGUGAAUUGGAGCUCUCCAGGUGAACAGGUGAGGAAGUGCAUUCUGGCCUCCCUUGGAUGGUUAUGUUUUUGGCAGUUUCCCAUUUACUGCUACUUCUGAUAUUUUCUACAAGUGUCCUUGUGACCAAUUUAUGAUAUACAAGUAUUUCAUUUUUUUCCUUUGUUAUAGUAAUCUCCUGUUCUUAAAGGAAAUGUCAGAUUAUAAAUUCUAUGCUGAAUUUAAAGGAAAAGGCAUCGACGUCUGUUCCUUGCUCUUAUACGUUAUUUGUUUUUUCAGUUUUUAUCUUGAAAGAGACCCCUCCUUUCACUAUUUCAUCAACUUAAAACAUGUAACUGGGCUCCACUUCCCCCAUUUGAAUGGUAAAUUCACAACCAUAUAUAGCAACACCUUUAUCCUGCUUUUUUCAGUAAGGGCUAUUUUUUGCUUUUCAAGUGCCCAGCAAAAUCUUUAUUUAUCCCUAAUUUUACUGCCAUGUCUCCAAUGGGUAUUUCUUAAAUGAAGUAAGUAACUUUCACACAAAAUUUCGUAGCUAGUCAGUUCAUUCAUGGCAGAGCAAAGAACCGGGUGGAACUUAAAAAUAGUUCCAAGAAUCGGAGAAAAGAAGGCCGACCUUUGGGGUAAGAAGGUGAAUGUUCAGGUUCCAGCAGGGUAAGGAGAUGGAGAGGACCCAUAGGCCAGUUGGCCUGGUCCUGUUUAAGGAGAUAAGACAGACAGGGAUGGAGCUGGCCUUCUUCUCCUCCAGGAGAGGAUGUUAGCCCUUCUGACUUUUCUCUGUCGUUAGAUGCAUCACUGUCCUGCCCGGCUUUGUAGGUACAUGCUUAUCUAUAAAAGAAACUGGUAUUUGAACUUUGAAACUAAAUGUGGUGGUUAUACUUCAUGCUGAAGCCUAUCACAGGAAUUUGGUGCAUAGGUGCUUUCACAAGCAUUAAGUAAAAUUUUACUACGGCUACAGUCCAGGGACAUUUCCCCUGAUUUUUGGCCAGUCUAAAUAUUAUAAGGUAGAAAAAAAAUCUUCUACAAAAUAUGUGUCUCUAAGCUAAAAAAUAUGGAUUUACAAAUAAAAGUUGUC